GCAACUUCCCGCGUCCACUUGCAGCUUUUGGUUCACAACGCACGACGCAGCAAGCUGCAACAGAAAUCCCCACUUUUGGUUUCCCGUCGCAGUCCCACCUUGCAUUCACUAAUUAAUUACCCCAGCCAACCACUACUCCAGGAGCGACCACGCCGCAUCCACUUUUCGAACUCCCCCCCGCGGCACAGCGUUACCUUCAGCAUGUCGCCGGCGUGGAGUCGUAAGCCCGUACCCUUGGGCGGCGGCGGCGGGAACGGCGACGGUAACGGCGACGGCGUGGACGGCUACUACAGCCUUGGGGAUUUCCACAUGCCCAUCUCCACCGUGAGCCACAAGGCUCAAUCAUGGUUCGACCGCGGACUUAUCUGGACGUUCGCGUUCAACCAUGAGGAGGCGGUCCGCUGCUUCGAGCGGGCUGCCGCGGCGGACCCCGGCUGCGCCAUGGCUUAUUGGGGCAUCGCCUUCGCCCUGGGGCCCAACUACAACAAGCCCUGGGGACAUUUUGACGAGCUCGAACUGGAGCGUAACGUCAUGAAGGCGAGCCAAGCCGUCUCGGAGGGCCUCCACCAAGCCCGCCACGCCUCUGGUCUGGAACGGGCGCUCCUCAACGCCCUCCAACAACGCUACCCCACGCCGUGGAUGACCGCCUCCCACGGGUACAAGGCCAACACGGCUUACGCCCAGGCCAUGGAGGCUGCGUACCUGCAGUAUCCCAGUGACCCAAACGUCGCUGCGAUUUAUGCAGAUGCCGUCAUGAACCUGACCCCGUGGGCACUGUGGGAUGAGCGGACGGGGGAGCCUGUCAAAGAGGGAACGCUGGAGGCGAAGGCUGCGCUGGAACGGGCGAUGGCUGAGCACCCGAAACAUCCCGGGCUGCUACAUUUAUAUAUCCACCUCAUGGAGCAGUCGCGCCAUCCCGAGCAAGCGCUCCGGGCUGCCGAGGACUUGUGUGGCUUGGUCCCGGAUGCCGGCCAUCUCAACCAUAUGCCGUCGCAUAUCGACGUUCUCUGCGGCAAUUAUCGGCACGCGGUCGCCGCCAAUCAACUUGCCAUCAGGGCAGACAUGAAGUUUCUCGCAAGGGAGGGACCCCUCAAUUUCUACAGUCUCUACCGUUGCCACAACUUCCACUUCCGGCUGUACGCCGCCAUGUUUGCCGGACAGUCUGCCGCUGCGCUUGAGACCGCAGACCUCCUGGAGCAGACGAUCCCUGCAGAGUUGCUGCGCAUCAAGUCCCCCCCGAUGGCAGACUGGGUGGAGGGAUUCCUGUCCAUGCGACCACACGUUCUCGUCCGCUUCGGUCGUUGGCAAGACGCCAUCGACCUGAAGAUCCCGAUAGAUACCGACCUCUACGCCAUGACAACGGCCAUGGCUUACUACGCCAAGGUUGUGGCGAUGGCCAACACCGGGAGGAUUGAGGAAGCCGACCGCCAUCGAGAGCUCUUUCGGGAAGCUGUCAAGAGGGUGCCGCCAUCGCGGACAAUAUUCAACAACGCAUGCUCCGACAUCCUCAAAAUCGCCGGUGCCAUGCUCGACGGCGAGCUCGAGUACCGUCGGGGCAACGUGGAGCUCGGGUUCGAACACCUCCGCCGGGCCGUCAUAUUGGACGAUUCGCUGCCGUACGACGAGCCGUGGGGCUGGAUGCAGCCGACCCGCCAUGCGUACGGCGCGCUGCUCCUCGAGCAGGGCCGCGUCGAGCAGGCCAUGGCCGUCUACAAGGCGGAUCUGGGGUUGGACGACACAUUGCCGCGGUCGCAUCAGCACCGGAACAACGUGUGGGCCCUCCAUGGUCUGCACGAAUGUCUGCUGCGUCUCGGUCGGGACGACGAGGCGCGCAUGAUCCGUCCCCAGCUUGAGCUUGCGCUGGCCGGCGCGGAUGUGAGGAUUAAGGGCUCGUGCUUUUGCCGCAGUAAUUGCGCUUCCCGUCUAUGAGCCGAGGGUUACGGGGAUGACAGCGUGGUUACCCAACUUGUAUAUGAAUACCCAACUUGUUUGUACAUUAAGCGCAUGAUAGAGCAUAUGAUUUAGUCCUUCUUGUUUCUAGUUGCAUUAGAAUGUAUUGGGAAAUAUAGCUUAAGGGGGCAAUGAUGAAUGUUUCGUCUACUUAUCCAUCAUUUACAUAAAGUCUACCCCCAAUAGCCAGAGCAAGUCCUAG